AUAUACUAAUUAUCCUGCCAACAUUAAUUCCAAUUUAGGCAGAUCAGGGUUGACCUUGGAAAAAUAUUCAAAAUUAAUGAAAGUAUUCCUUUGUCGAAAUUCGAGUUAUGAGACCUUUCUUUCGCAUCUAUGGCGACAUUAUUCGGCACGCCGACAGACUGGUUCCGGGCAUGAUGAGGCCCAUGUGGCUAUCAGCUACUGGUCCGCGAACUGUUUUUUUCUGGGGACCUGCUAUGAAAUGGUGUGUCGUUUUGGCGGGAUUGAUCGAUGUCCUUGCGCGACCACCACAUCUUAUAUCCCAGAAACAGAGUCUUGUCCUGGCGUUAAGCGGUGUCCUUUGGUCGCGAUGGUCGUUGGUCAUCAAGCCAAAAAAUUACAGCUACUUGGCAUGCAACGCUGUGCUGUCGGUGUCUCAGUGCAUGCUCCUUUGGCGGAGCCUUAAUUCGGAGUGGAAAAAGUGGCAAGACGAAAAAGCGCACAUAGCCUGACUAUGUGGAGAAGAGAGCUGGAUGGCCCUUUCGACUCUUUGUGGAUUGAAAUUCCUGUCUUAUCAAUUGCUUAAUUGCCGGGGUCAUGGUGGGUGAUUGAAAACAGGUGCAGUUACUGGGAGGAGAGUGGAUGCAUACCACCACUGUAAGAGUGCUGAGUCCGUCCCGCUGUACGUGGAUCGUUGUGGCCUGUCCCUCGGCGAUGGCUAUCUAGAAUUACGAAAUUGAUAAAUAUAAUAAAAGUUGUGUGCAUUGGGAGCGCUUAACGGUA